UCGCCUAAUAACAUAGAACGAGAAAUUGCUUUUAAAUGAACGAUGCGCGUCAGUCAUGAUUUCAAAAUAGUAUAGACGUAGUAAUUAUGACACUCAUGUGAUUACUAGUCACGUCAAUCAAAUCUAUAUUAGUUAGACAAGUGGAUGCGAGUAAUGCGAGUUUUUAGUGUUCAGUGAUGAUGCAGUUUUGUGGUAUAAAUUCGAAAAAUCUUCAUUUAGUUGACAUAUCGUUCAUAUGUUUCUAAUAUGAAGAAUCACAUAGAAGACUGUUCAAAGUAUUAAAUCACGAAUAUGAAAAAGCAAUAUGCAAAGUGUAACAAUUUUUGCAUUUGUAUUAUUGCUGAGAGUGCUAGGACCAGUCUAUAGUGCGAUGACUAUGAAACAACUCAACAAUUCACUAGAAAUGAUGCGGAAAGCUUGUGCGCCAAAGUUUAAUGUUGAUGAAGGGAUCUUGAACGGACUAAAGGCGGCAAAAUUUCCAGCGAAUCCAGACUCUGAGUUGAAGUGUUACACAAUGUGUAUUGCACAAAUGGCGGGAACGUUAACGAAAAAAGGAGAAAUAAGUUUUUCAAAGACAUCAGCCCAAAUUGAAGCAAUGCUCCCACCAGAUCUAAAACCCGCCGCUAAAGAAGCCCUUAACCAUUGCAAAAAUGCACAAGCUGCGUACAAAGACUCCUGCGAUAAAGUAUUUUAUUCGGUGAAAUGUGCUGCAGAUUUCAACCCAGAUGUAUUCAUUUUCCCAUGAAGAACGACCGACGAUUGGAAAUAAAGAGGAAUGUUCACAGCCAAAAACAAAGUUAUUGUUAUAAAUUUGUUUCUUUUCUUCACAUGUUAAUGUUAGUAGAUAUUAUAUCAUUUAUGUUAUGUACAUGUUAGUAUUUUCAAUGCACUGUAGUGUAAUAGUAGCUCAUUAAAUGAAAAAAAAACUG